AUGUCGAAACACGACACCCAUCGCGCCGAUGAGCGCUCCUUCCUCGACGAGCGUGGCUCCACCGCAACCGAAGCCCCCAACGGGCUGAACCCAGCGACAAUAAUGGAAAAAGCCGUUAUUGAACGCGUGAUCGAGUCCUUCUUCUACAAAGACCAAUGCUUCGGCGUAAACGAAGCCGACAUCGUCGACCGCGUCGUUGCGCACGUGUCAUUCAUCGGGGGCACCUACGGCGACUCGCAAAAACCUACGCCCUUUUUAUGCCUAGCGUUCAAACUAUUGCAGCUUGCGCCGAGCGACGACGUGUUGGCGGAGUAUCUUGGGUACGGCGGGGAGAAGUUCAAGUACCUGCGCGCGUUGGCGUGUUUUUAUGUUCGCUUGACGAGGAGGCCCGUUGAUGUGUAUAAGACGCUGGAGCCGUUCCUGGCGGAUUACAGGAAAUUGAGACGGAAGGGGACAGCGGGGACAACGUUAACGUAUGUGGAUGAGUUUGUGGAUGAUUUGCUUACCAAGGAGCGGGUGUGCGCGACGAGCUUGCUGAAGAUGCCCAAGAGGGAGAUUUUGGAGGAGCUUGAUGAGUUGGAACCGAGGGUGAGUCCGUUGGGGGAUAUUGAGGAUUUGCUUGAGGAAGAAGAUCUGAUGGAAGGUGCGGAGGGAGGAGAUGGGGAGCAGAGGGGGGAAAGCGAGGAAGAGGGGAUGGUGGAAGAAGGGGAGAGGGAGAGGAGUAACCAUCGCAGCAGUCGGGGGAGGUCGUGGUCGAGGUCAAGAUCGUGGUCACGAUCUCGGUCGCGGUCACGUAACUACGACCGAGACGAUACGGAUGUCGACCGAAGCGAGAACUUAACAAGGUGA